CGGAGAGGCCGCAGCAGUCUUUUGGGUCAAUCAGAGCUCACAAUAUGAUGUCGAAAUUGACAAACUCAGGCAAUCUGGUCUGUGCUUUCUCUGCUAAUAAGCGAUCUCUUGCUCCUAAAUAUGCCGAUAGGUAAUAGAUUCGAGUGUAUUAAUCUAACGAUCUUGAUUGACUUAGCAUGUGUUUUUUUCUGUGUUAUUUUAACGUCCUCUGUCGUAUUGCCAUAGUCGACAGUGACGCCUGCGUCACAUGUCAUAUCCCUAUAGCAAAGACUGGUAAUACGGGCAUCGCCGCAGGUUGAGAACAAGUACGGCUUGUCCAGGGAGUGUAACCGCACCUACCUUCGUCACCUGCGGGACUUGAUGCGCCAAGAGCUCGGAGGCGACACUGUGCUUUUCACCACGGACCGCGUCGGCGUGGGCACCAUGUCUUGCGGAAGGGUAGAAGGAGUCUACCCGGCAGUCGCUUUCGGAGCUAUGGCCGAUGUGUCUGAUGCGUUCGCCACCCUGCGACUCUACCAGAAACGGGGGCCCCUAUUCGUCUCUGAGCUGUAUACAGGCUGGUUCGACCGCUGGGCAAUGCCCCACCAGCACAUGGAUCCUGCCAUGGUCGCCAGUAUGCUUCGCCAAGUCCUGCUCGCCGGCGCUUCGGUAAACCUGUGAGUGUCCGCGCUGCAAAAAGCUUCGCUUGUAAGCGGAGCUCUUUAGGCGAACGCUACAGAACUUUGCUGACCGCGGCGCCACCGCCGCCUUGCCGAAUAGCUCACAUAGAAGAGCACUCACAUAACGAGUCGGCUUAGUAUGUAGCCCCAUCUGUACUAUACCGCUAUACAGAUGUGCCGGU